AUGCUGCCUCAGACUAUUCAGGUCGCUGCACCUAAUGGACAGAUUCAAGUUGUACCCGUCUCCAGCCUAGCUGGGGCUGGGCAACAAAUAGUCAUCCAGCAGCCACAGACCCCUCAAAUUAUUCAAACUCCCGAUGGACAAACCUAUAUUUAUCAGCCAGUUCAACUCGAGGGACAAGUACAGCAGGCCCAGCCAACAGUUAUCAACAUCAACGGAAACCUGAUGCAAAUUGCUGGCACUACAUCACAGACGUCAACGCCUACAGCAAACACUGCUCCUGUACAACCGCUCUCUAGUCCUACCGCAACAGCUUCACAGGCAGGGAAUAUUGUCAUGAUGGUGCCCGGAAACAGUGGUCAGGCUCAAUUUCAGAGAGUAGCAUUACCGAAUGCAGAAUUUCUUGAAGAAGAACCCUUGUACGUCAAUGCUAAGCAGUAUCGUCGUAUUUUAAAACGCCGUCAAGCCCGCGCCAAGUUAGAAGCUGAAGGAAAAAUACCCAAAGAAAGACCGAAAUACCUACACGAGUCACGCCACAGGCAUGCGAUGAAUAGGAUUCGUGGGGAAGGAGGUCGUUUUCAUUCUGGCCAGGUAAAAAAGAGAAGAUGGAUAGAAAGACCGGUUAACAAACUAGGUUUCAAAUGUUUAGGAAUGGAAUAA